UGUUAGUGGGGAGACUAUGAUUAUGUUCAUCGUUAGUGCUAUUGAAGGUCCAGUAUUAUCUGGUUAAAAUGGCUGUUUUAGGUGAGAGGGCGGUGCAGCAUUUAUGAUCUUGGAACUUGGCUCCAUUUUCACCGAUUGUGUUCGGCGACUCACGUUCCCGUGCAUAUCAUGACCUUCCCGGGUAUUGACUCACGCGCUAUACCGGGAAAUGGUAACCGGUCAACCCCGAGAGCCUGAUAACCAAAACUUGUUUUUGGCCCUAAGGCAGUUUUAAGAAGGGCAUAAGGUAACGGGAACUAUCUGCCGGGCCUGCGCCCAAGGCUGGUAUGGGCUUGGGCCCGGGGCCUAGAUGGGUCUGGGCCCAAGGCCUGUAUGGGCUUUGGGAGCUCGGUGCCGUACAAUAGCCCCCCCUUGAUUCAUACUCGGUUGCCGAGGAGAAUCAAGGAGCUGCCUGGGCUUCUUGACCUCGGGAAUCUUUUAGUCUGGGACUUCUGGCUGUCAUUUCUCAUUAAUAGCCAUCUCAAAAGACGCGCCGUUCCGCGGCGCCAGGCGCAGACGUCAUUAUUGCCUGACGGUUCGUGAACCGAAGCGGUGCGCAAAUCAGUUACGCCUGGCAUUUGCUGGGUCGCUCGCUUGCUGUGCCCAUUUAUUGUUUGAUCAAGCGUUUCUUCUUUCCCCAUUUCUUCUGGCUCUAUAAAUAGUUCUUCCCCAAACGUCACUCCACUUUUCCUUUGCCUCUGAUUUUUAGCGCCUACUCUCUGCCGACCACAUUUCUGUGUGCUUGCUUGCUCAACGCUCUUUUCCUCCUUAGAACCCAACGUAAGUCUCUUUUUCCCUUCCUGUUCCUUCAGCUUUGUUUCUUUGAUUUUAUUCUCGUAGUUUUAGGCUUUAUAGAUGGGUUAUUCUUACCUUCUAGAUACCCCGGUUGCUUUGGCCAACUUUAGGAAUAAGUUUAGUAUCCCCAGUGACGUGGACGUGGCUUACUGCCAUGAGAGUGAUAUGGAACUCCACCGAGGGCAUGGUACGGCCUUCUUCCCUUUGAUGUCCAUCUUAGAAGGAGGGGUUAGGUUCCCGGUAGAUCCCCUCCUGAUAAGCACACUUACCUACUAUGGGCUGUGCCCCGACCAGCUUCCCCCCAAUUUUUACCGGGUAGUUAGUUGUGUCGGCCAGUUGAACCAUACCUUUAACUUACAACUAGACCACCAUGAUAUUAACCAAAUGUACAGCCUUUGUGGGAGCAAAUCCACAAAUUACUACUUAAAGACAAGGGAUGCUCGGGUACGGCUGAUAUCGUGCCUACCCGAUUCGAACAGGAACUCCGCCGGGGAGUUUGUCAGGGUGCGCGGCAAUUGGUUUGCCGGGGAGAUCCCUUGCCCCCUCACACGGCGUGAAGUGGGUUCGUACCUUCCCCUUCUUAUAGUUGUUUGAGUAAAAGAAAAUCUUUUAUUGUUAAAAGCUAACGUGUUAUUUGUUCUUCUGCAGACGGCAAAGUGUUUACUCAGGACCUCAGAGCCGUCCACGUCAACGACUUAAACUUCGUCCUUCGUUCCGAGAUCUACGUGCACUGGGACGGGCAACUCCGGGCCUCACACCUGAUCCUCGGCGUGGAACCGGUUUACUCCACUUGGCAAUCAUUCAAGCAAGCGUUGAUAGUUGACAGCCCCCUGCUCUCGUACAUAGACGUCCGGUACGUGAACUUCUUGCCGCCGAAGCUUACCACCGGGGAAGCGAGGGAAUUUGGUAGGCGGUUCACUGCCGCGGACGAACGAGUUCCCCUUCGAGACGAUUCCGCGGAGCAAGUAUCCCGGCGCCUUAGAGAGAGAGCCCACGAAGCUAUACAACAAGGGGACCAAGCCCAAGAGCAGACCCAUCACGAGGAUCCACCCGCCGAGCAUCAACAGCAGGUGACAGACGCGGCUAACCUGCUAGCUGAAGCGAUCCAGCCCGGUGCAAGCAUGGUGGCAAGGCGAACAAUGACCCUAGACAGGUUCGUGCCUGGUGCCCGGCCGACCAACCAGCCCCCGCCUACCCAGGGUCGGGGUCCAGUUUCUCAACCUCCUCCAACCUCGCAGUCCGGACGUGCCCGGAAAAAACAGAAAGUGGCCGAGCCACAUUCCACGGCCCCGGGGGACGCCUCUGCCCGGACUCCUCCCCGACCAACAGGGGGGAUUGUCAUCCGCGAGCCGCAGACCGAAGCCGGCACGGGGGGCGCAUCCUCCUCCCAAGUGGCUCCGGCGUGGGAGCCAAAGUUCCUUCUGGAUGGCAAACCAUUGCCAUCAACGGCCUCUGUUCGGAUAUGGGAUAAGGGCGAGGGCGGCCGCAUUGCCCAAACCUUGGCCGGAGCUCUCCAACUUCCCGAGGACGUGCACGCCUUUGAGGACGGGUCCGAGGAGUCCGUGGGGCGCCGGUUAGAGUGGCACGCCAUUGCGGCCGCUCAACUAGCUCACAUUGUGGCUGCCCGGGCACGGGAGCUUGACGAGGAAAAUGAGCGCGAGAAGGCGGCGCGGGAGGCAGCAGUAAAAACGGCAAAGGAAAAGGCCAAGAUUGCUGAGUCUGCCGAGAAUAAGGCUGCUGCCGCGGAGAAGUUCCGAGCAUCUGCCGAACAGAGGUGUGCUGACCUCCUGGCCAGGCAAAAUGAGACUGAACUUAAACUGGCCCAAGCCCUCAGUCUCAACACUUCUCAUGCCGAGGAGAUAGCUGACCUCAGGGCGGGCUUGGCGGCCGCGGAGCAGAAGUGGUACGACGUGGGCUUCGCCGACGCCGAGAACUCCGCAGAGCCGGUGGUGGCUCGGGCUCGGCAUAUGGGUUUCGAGGCCGGGUGGUAUGUUGCUCUUCAAGCAAUGGGAGUUCCUGAAGAUUCGCCGCUGAGAGACCCCGGCCAGAUUCCAUUUCCGAGUCCUGUACCAGCCAUCCAGAACGUCCCGGCUGCUCCAGAUGAGGAGGAGACGGCCAGUAUGAGGGAGUUGGUUGAGCAAAUAGACUCUCAUGCUGAGCCCGAGGAACUGGAGGCUAUGAGCACACCGACCGUGCAGGAACUUCUUGACGAGGCCCAGCCUUUCUCCCUGAUCGUCCAACAGGAAGUGCCACCACCGACUCAACCCCCUAGUUGAUUUUAUUUUUAGCUUAUUUUUAUUUCGUUUUUAUUUGCCUAUGUCACCGGGAUGUGGUGAUUGAACCUUUGUUUUAAUUUAUUGGCUUUAUUUGCCCAUGUCACCGGGCUGUGGUGACUGAACAAUUUUGCUUUUACCCUUUUAAUUGGAAGUCCGUUUUCUUUUCCUGUUUCAAUUUGGUUGAAUGAAAUUAUAUCCGUUUGUGCCCUGUUUGAAUCACACCAAUGCUAUGGCCGCUCAAUAGAAUGUACCCCCGAGAACCUGUUGUGCGGAGCUGUGAGUAGUUUUGAGAGCGCUAUUCGGACUUUGUUUUUGUAAAAAAGGUCAGGUUUUUAUCAGGUUUUGGUUUAACCGAGAAUUGAGUUUCCGUCCUUCGAGCAUUUGUUUGCAAAGUUUCCGUUUGUCCGGACGUUUGAUUUUAACCGAGAAUCAAUUUUUUCGCCCUCAUAGAUUUAAUUGCAGGGUUCACACAUGCUCGGUGAUUUUGUCCGAGCCGAAA